UUGAAAAGCGAGUAGCGUCCCAAACUGUUUGUUGUGUAUUUUUAUGCUGCUGGAAAAUCUCAAUUUUAGCCAAUUUAUCCUUGAUUUUCUUGAAAAAUGGACACUGAUAAUUGUGCCGUGAGGAUAGCUGUGCGUGAGCGUCCAUUCAAUGUAUUUGAACUGCGUUCAGGAAACCCAGAAUCUGCCGUUGAAGUGCAUCCUUCGAAUCACAAUAUAAUCAUUGUGGAUGAUCGUCCCUUUGUCUUUGACCAUGUCUUCGGGAGGGACACCAGUCAGGAGAGUGUUUACAGGGAUUUGGUGUCUCCGUUGAUUGACAAAAUGCUCCUGGGAUUUCACUGCACUGUCCUGGCCUAUGGGCAGUCCGGGAAUGGCAAGACGUACACCAUGGGACUGCAUAAGAAUCUCCAGAAUGACGAGAACUGUGGCUUGAUAACACGGAGUAUUUCUGCAAUAUGCUCAAGGGUCAGGGAGCAGUGUAACCUGGCUGAGGAGCAGGAGAAUUUGCCGGAACUUUCGGUGUCUUUCAUCGAGAUCUACAAUGAGAAGGUUUACGAUCUUCUCUCUCAGAACUUCACAGAGCCAGUUAACUUGAAAAUGUACAAAUAUCAAGGAUGCACCAGGAAGAAGGUUCAUGACUCCGAGAGUGCCUUUGAGGUGCUCAAGGAGGGCAAUCAGAACCGACACGUUCGUCCUACGAAGAUGAAUGCCAACAGCAGCCGAUCGCAUGCCAUUUUCACCAUUUACAUCAGCGUCCGGAAGUCCAAGACUUGCACGGUCAAUUCUGCCUUCAACUUCGUAGAUCUGGCAGGAUCAGAAGGCAUUCGACGCACUGAGCACAAAGGACUGGCCCUGGCAGAAGGCGUUAACAUCAAUCAGGGUCUCCUGAGCAUGGGCAGGAUUCUCCAGGCCAUUUCGGCCGGAGACAAACUCAUUCCCUACCGAGACAGUGUCCUGACCACAGUCCUUCAAGAUUCCCUGAACAAAAACUGCUACUUGACUCUCCUGGCCUGCAUUAGCCCAUCCAAAUUGGACUCCAGCGAGACUCUCAACACGCUCAGAUUCGCAAACAGUGCAAAAUCCAUGAAGAACAAUCCCCAAAUCAAUUUGAUUAUCACAGAAAUUCAGAAUGCCCGAAGGAACACUCCUACAAAGCCACCCAUUACGCCCAAAAAUCGUAAAACUAUGGCGACCCUCAAGGAGAUAAACAAGAAAAUCAUCCACAAGACGCCGUAUCACAAUAAAACCUUCGCCACUCCUGGCCUCAAGAGUGGCAGACUGAGUGGGAGAUUCAGCAAGAGGAGCGAUGUCAAGAUGCCACCGGCACUGCCCAAUUUUAACUGUGACACUCCUUUUGUGCGAACAACUCGAAGGAGUUCUGUUGAGUCACAAUUGUCAAUCCUCAGCUCAGUUUCUUCGUCCACGGAAAAGCCUGCUGAACCUGAGAAUCCCAUCCAGCAUCUGCAGCUGGAGCCAACACUGACGAAUCUUGGCUUCAGCCCCAUCAUCCGGAGGCAUGUGGAGCAAUUGGAGGUGCGACUGGGCGAGAAGAUGCAGAGCAUCUUGAAUACGAUUAAUGGACCAAUGGCCACGCCUCAGGUUCAACCCAGGAAGGAGAUUGUUUCGUCAACGCCCAAAGCAACGCACAAUCAGGAAUUUCCGUGUCUUAUCGAUGAUAUUAAGAGGGAACUUCAGAUAAUUGUCCGAAGUGAACUUUCGGAGAUCCUUGGACAGCCUCCAUCGCGUAGAGGUUCCGUUGCUGAGGAAGCAACAGAAGUGCCUGAAUAUGUCAACGAUUUGCAUAACAGCACGUUUGACGUUGUUAUCCCAGACAAUCCCACCACUGAAUUUCCUGUUCAGAGGAAUAUGUUCGAAGUACCGCAGAACAGACAAGAAGUUCCACUGACAGAGGCUGAGAAGCGUCCGAAGAAGUCUUCAAGGAGACAAACUGUCGAUGUGACAGAAGGUAAUGUGAGGCGAAGUGCAAGGAUUUUGAAGCGUAGAGCAAGUGAAAUGCCGGAAAGAGAAGCCUUCAAGAAACCCCCAACGCCUAAGAAGCCUCGAAAGUCAAGUAAUAAAAAUCGCGAUAUGAAUGUUCUGCAGAAUGUUCUGAAGGCCACUGAAGUGGUCAAGGGGAAGAAGAGGGCAAAGAGUGUACAUCAAGAGGAGAUAUUGAAAAUUAUCAAUACGGGAAAUCUCAAACAGCUUCAGUUGCUGUCUCAAAUUGGUCUCAAAACAGCCUUUCACAUUAUCACUCAUAGAACGAUGAAUGGAAAAUUCAAGAGUUUAAAUGAAGUGUCCAAGCUGGCGAUAUGGCGUGGGAAAACCUGGAACCGCUUUCUACAGAUGAACAAUUUGGAUUAAUUGUCACCACGGGGGAGUGACUUAGUUUCUUUAGCUGUUUCAGUAAAGGCCCCCAAUUUUAUCAAUUCGUAAACAAA